AUGCAAGACUCUCUUGUAACAAUAGCUAUCAAUAUCUUUUCAGCUAGAAAUUUACCAAAAGCAGACCCAACUGGAUUAUCUGAUCCUUAUGUUAUUUUAACUUAUACAUCAUUAAAAGAAGGAGAAUUAAUAAAGAAAAGAAAAAAAACUGAAACAAUUAAAGAAUCACUUUCACCAACAUGGAAUAAUUCAUUUGUAUUAAAAAAUGUAGCUCCAGAAAGUAUUUUAACAUUUAAUUGUUUUGAUUGGGACAAUGCUUUUAAAUUUAGUUCUGAUGAUUUUCUUGGUAAAUUUAAAAUUAUGGUAGAAAGAAUACCAAUUAAUAAAAAAGUUGUAUGGAGAGUUCCAUUAAUGGAUAAUAUGAAGUCUGCUGGUGAUUUAAUGUUUUGUACAUACGCAAUUCCAUCUACUUCAUUUAUACAAACACAAAAAAAAAUGUUAUUAGGAAAUGUUAUUUUAACCGUUGAAGAAAUGGAUACUCCAUUAUAUGUUUGUAGAUAUCAAAACCGACUUGAUGUUAAUAUCCAAAAAACUAAAGGGUUCAUUAAUGAAAAAGAAAAAAUACCAGUUUAUGCACAAGCUUCAGUUGGAAAACAAAUUCUUGAAACUACAGUUUGGAAAAAGAAAGGAGAUCCUUUUUGGAAUAGUACUUUUUCAUUUUCAUUUAAAAACGCUAAUAAUAUUAAUAUUCAAAUUAAAGAUUGGAAAAUGGUUAGAACUAAAACUACACUAGGUUCAGUUACUGUUAAUUUGUUUGAUAUUCCUGAUAAUCAAUUGGUAACUAAAGAAUUACCAAUUAAAGGAGGAAAUGGAACAUUAUGUUGUUCUUUCUAUAUUACAAAAUAUCAAAUGAUUGAUAAAAUAUUACCAAUAGAAUGUGAAAUUGAAGAUGAUGGAGAUGAUUGGUGUAAACAAAAUAUUCAACCAUUUGAGUCAUUUACUGAUGAAUGUAAUCCAAAAGGAAUUAUUGAUUCUAAAUGCAAAGAAGGAUAUCAUUUUGAAUUAAGUAAAGAUGAUAUUGGUUCUUUACUCAAUGAAGAUGUUCCAAUCUUUAAUGAGAAUUAUUUUGAAAAACCCAUUGAAGAAGGAAUUAUUGCAAGUGUUAAUAAACGAGCAUUUUAUAAUACAGUAAAAACUUCAAUUGGUCCAAUACUUAUUGUUGUAGGAGAUGAAGUUGGUGGUUUAAAAAAAGCAGUUGUUAUUUCUCAGUUUGGAACAGUGAAAACAUAUGUUAAAGAUAUACGAGAUAUAGACAGUGAAAUAAUGAAUGUAUAUGGAUUGAAAAAAGAACAAGUUAAAAUGAAAGAGUGUGGAAAAGAGAUUUGGUCAAAACUAAUUGAAUAUGAAUCAAGAAAUAGACGUCCUGCUUAUAAAUUUGGAUUAGUUGUUGCUACUCAAGGUCAGAAAUUUGAACAAGAAUUUUUAUCUAAUACUACCACCUCUCCUCUUUGUCAAGAAUUCUUUAAUUUAAUAGGUAAAACAAUUGCUCUUAAAGGUUAUAAUGGAUAUAGAGGUGGAUUGGAUGUUCAGAAUAAUACAACAGGAAUAUAUUCAAUUGUUUCUUCUUUCAAAGGAAUUGAUAUUAUGUUUCAUGUAUCUACAAUGUUACAACAUGAAGCAAAUGAUGAACAACAUUUAGCUAAAAAACGUCAUAUUGGUAAUGAUGUUUGUGUAAUUAUCUUUAAAGAAACUAACAAUAAAAAGGAUGAUGAAAUUGAUUUAAAUUCAUUUAUUACUCAAUUUAAUCAUGUCUUUAUUAUUGUUUCUCCUGUAGUUAUAAAAGGUGUUCCUUUAUAUCGAGUUUGUGUUUGUUGUAAAUCUGCUGUUCAAGGUUUUCUUCCACAUUUUCCACCAGAAAAGUAUUUCCCAAGAGAUCGUUCAUUUGUUGAUUGGUUAUUAUGUAAAACGAUUAAUGGAGAACGUGCAUCUCUUGAAUCACCUCAAUUCAUUAAGUCUCAAAGAGUUGCACAAAAAGGAUUAUUAGAGGUGAUAAUUUCAAAUAUAAUGAAUUGA